AUAACAAAAUAAUGAAACCCAGUGUGAAGAUUGCAGCAGGUGCCCUGGUUUGUGAUGAAUGUGAAUUAGUAGGAGAUAUAACUAUUGGUGCUAGAACAGUGGUUCAUCCUAAGGCCAGAAUAAUAGCAGAAGAUGGACCUAUUUAUAUAGGAGAAAAUAACAUCAUUGAAGAAUUGGUACAGAUAGUCAACAAAAAUCCAGAAGGGAAGUCAAGUUCUACACAGAAUGUGAUGAUUAUAGGAAACAAUAAUGUAUUUGAGGUUGGAUCAUAUAUAGAGGCCACAAAGAUUGGUGAUCAUAACAUGAUAGAGGCCAAAGCAAAAGUAGGAAGACAAGUAGAGCUAACCUCUGGUUGUAUAAUAGGAGGCAUGUGUAGUGUGUCCAGUACAGAAACCAUGCCUGAGAACACAGUUAUAUGUGGUAGUAAUUGUGACAGAAGGGUCGCUAGAGAAAGGCCACCGACACAAAGUCUACAGAUAGACUUCCUGACCAAGAUAUUACCUAACUACCAUUAUUUGAAGAAACCAAAGGCAGGAACACCACAAAGGACUUGAUGUAGGGUGAAGGAACAACGUUUAUUUAUUAAUGUGCAAUAUUUUAUUUAAUGGUGAUGAAGGAUUAUGAUGGGAGGCUGAUAAAUAAAGAUAUACAUGUAGAUCAAGAACUGGAUUACAAUUUGCAGCAUUUAGGACAAUUAUAUGUGGCUUUUAUAGAGUGCUUGUUUAAAUAAUAGUGAGGGAUGAACAGUUCUUCAAAUAUCUAACACAAUUAUUGUAUUAUGCUCUAAACAUGUUCUUUAAUUAUAAAGACAUCUAUCUUUGCAGUAAUGAUUGGUCCAAAUUUUUAACAUGUAUGGAAUAUUUCAUUAAAAGUGUCAU